AACACUCCGGGACGAAUGAGACUUGAAAAAUGGCUGCACUCAUCGAUGAAAAUUGAAAUGACAGAUGGCCGGACUCUCGUAGGCUCCUUUGUGUGCACUGACCGUGAUAAUAACAUCAUCCUUGGGUCUUGUACAGAGCACUUAAGACCCGAUGAGGAUGGACGAGAGGAGGAACCCCGAGUCCUAGGCCUUGCCAUGAUUCCUGGAAGACACAUCAUUUCUAUCUGCAUAGACGAGGCUUCUCAGCCCCCCCAGCCACCGAGUAGUAUGUACACCUAGCAUAACAUUCACUGCUGUGGGAGGCUGGCUGGAUAAGGGGCUGGAUUACACGCUCAUUUAGGAUACGGAAGGAAACGUUUGGGAGCAAAACAGACAGCAUUUAGUGGCGUGUAGUCCAUAAGAGAAGGCCAAAAGUUGCAAUUCAACAGCAGUCGUCUGUGGCCUUUUUAAAUGCGUUUCGGUGUUUGAUACUGAGAAAGAAUGAGAAAAUGUGCUCAAGAUUUUGGAUGGUUUGAGGACGUCAUGGUUGGAAAAUUGCAACUCACGUACUUUGAUAAUGCCGUCACUGUUACGCACCAUCGUUUUUCACAGAUAUUACAUGCAGGAGAUCUAGUCAUCGUUACAACUCCAUGUGGUGUAGACAUAAGAACAGAAGUUUAUUAUUUUUCAUUAAGCUUUGUGACUGAUUCACCGGAGGGAAAAUAUUCCAUUUAUUAGUUCUGAAGGAAAGAUUUUUCUGUGACAGUCAUGUAAUAUUCAGUAUAAUGUGGUUUUGUUGAACUGAUAAGCUGAGGUCACUUUGAAGGAAUAUUUUCUUAUAGAUAUACUGCCUGUGACUCCUAUUUUACCAUUAUGAUGUAAGAUUUUGUGAUCAAUAAAUCAUUAUAAGAAAAAGUU